AUUCUCUGUUCAAACCAAAACAAGAAGUGAAAGAAGACACUAUUUCCAAGAUGAUCCCAGCACUGAAACUCAACAACGGAGCAGACAUGCCUAUAGUGGGCUUGGGGACGUGGAGGGCAGAACCCGGUGAGGUGACUGAGGCAAUCAAAGUUGCUAUAAGUGCUGGGUACAGGCACAUAGAUGGGGCCUUUGUGUACCUGAAUGAGAAGGAGGUGGGAGCAGGAAUCCAUGCCAUGAUCGAGCAAGGAGUAAUCAAGAGAGAAGACUUGUUUGUUGUCAGUAAGUUGUGGAACACAUUUCAUCUUCCAUCACUGGUGAGAGAGGCCUGUGAAAAGACGCUCAGUGACUUAAAACUGGACUACCUGGACCUCUACCUCAUGCAUUCCCCAGUGGGUGCCAAGCCCGGUGAUGAACUCCUUCCAUUGGAUGAGAAUGAACAAAUGAUAUCUGAUGGCAGCAGUUUCCUUGAUACUUGGGAGAAAAUGGAGGAGCUUGUGGAUGCUGGACUGGUUAAAGCUAUAGGCAUCUCAAACUUCAAAAGAGACCAGAUAGAAUCCAUUCUCAACAAGCCAGGGCUCAAAUACAAGCCGAGUAACCAUCAGAUUGAAUGCCACCCUUACCUGAGUCAGGAAAAGCUUAUCAACUAUUGUCAUUCCAAGGGCAUCUCAGUGACAGCCUACAGCCCACUGGGGUCUCCUACUCGGCCCUGGGCUCCAAAAGAUCAAGUUAGUCUUCUUGACGAUCCUGUAAUCAAGGCUAUUGCAAAAAAGCACAACAAGACUUCAGCCCAGGUUCUAAUAAGAUUUCACAUUGAGAGGAAUGUGAUAGUAAUUCCCAAAUCCAGUACACCGAGUCGGAUAAAAGAGAAUAUUCAGAUCUUUGACUUUAAGUUGAGCGACGAGGACAUGAAGAGUCUGCUGAGCUUGAACAAGAACCAGAGAGAGUUUGCAAUGCACUUUGCCUCAAAACACAAAGACUUCCCCUAUGAUGCAGAAUAUUGAUCAUCACAUCAUGACAAACUCUGUC